UCCUUUCGGAGCCGGGCGAAGGGGAGAGUCUGAGGGUCACGGCAGCUCGGCCUGGGCCUGAGGUGUCCGGUCCCGGGCAGGAGGGAGCGUCCUACGGGGUCUGAGGAGGGGAAUCUCGGGCUCGGCCUGAAGUGUCCGGUCCGGGGCAGGAGGGAGCGUCCGACGGGGUCUGAGGGGGGCAAUCUCGGGCUCGGCGUCCCCAAGGGAAGGGGAACUCGGUCCGUCCGGCAGGCCGGCGGGGUCUGAGGGAGGGAGAUCUCAGGCUCGGCGUCCCCAAGGGAAGGGAAGCUCGGCCAUGGCCGGGAAGACGAGCGCCAUCGCGGCCGGCGUGUGCGGGGCCCUCUUUAUCGCCUACUGCAUCUACUUCGACCGCAAGCGGCGCAGCGACCCCGACUUCAAGAACCGGCUGCGGGAGCGGAGGCGGAAGCAGAAACUUGCCCGGCAAAAGGCUGGACUCUCACGGCUCCCUGACCUGAAAGAUGCAGAAGCUGUGCAAAAGUUUUUCUUAGAAGAAAUUCAACUGGGUGAAGAAUUGUUAGCGCAAGGUGACUACGAGAAGGGCGUGGACCACCUGACAAACGCUAUUGCUGUGUGUGGGCAGCCUCAGCAACUCUUGCAGGUGCUCCAGCAGACUCUGCCUCCACCUGUCUUCCAGAUGCUGCUCACCAAGCUACCAACCAUCAGUCAGAGGAUUGUGACUGCACAGAACCUGGUUGAAGAUGAUGUGGAGUGAGAACCUGUCCCUGCUCCCAGCCCUCUCCUUCAUUGUAUAUACAUAGCCUAAGAUGGACUCUGGAUUAAAACUGGGAGAUUUAAGCUCAAAUGGGCCUUCUUCACACUAUUUAUUGUGCCGGUGUGCUGGCUGUACUUUGAUAUAAAUUGAUGGCUUAUGUUGCAGAUUGCAUUUAUAAUGAUAGUGACAUUGUUUCUCAGUUUAACUGUCAGAAAGGUACUGAUGCAGAAUGUGUUGGGGUUGACAGCAGGAAAGUCCAUUCCUCGCACAUCUGGAACUCUGAAACCUGGACCUCUGCAGCUGCCUGGUUUAAAAUGAAUGCUGAUCAUAAUAGAUUUUUAAAUAAAGUUAUAAAUUUGAUGCAUCUUUUAUUGGGGAUGGUUUAAUGUGGGUUUUUGUGAAACUGGAAUUAAGCCAUGGUGGUAGAGAGCACCAUUUCAAGUCAUCAAGGUUCUUGACCUGAUUAUUCUCUUAAUAUUAACUUAGAUUGUUAAUAAUUAAGGCCUCAGUGCUGAUUAUUAUGGCAGCCCACUUUACUGAUUGUCUGAGGAAAACUCAUUUAUUUCCUUUUAGCCUCUUCGUUAUCCACGCUGAUAUAUUACUCCCCACAUUGUGUACUCUUGUUCAGGAAUCUUUCAUGAAUGCCUCUGAAAAUCCAAAUAUAGUACAUCUGUCAGUUC